UCCAAAUUCCAAAGUCAAUCAAUUUAAUUAUUAUCAUUUCGUCUCCUUCAAUAUUCAAUCUUUUUCACUCAAAUUCAUUUUUUGUGCACUAGCUCGUUUUUAAAUUCUUGUUUCUUAAUAAUGGGGAACCAACUUUGCAAAAGAGGAAAAUUAUCAAGGUGGACGAAAAGGCCAACCGGUUUUGUUCAUGAUCAUCAAACUUUGCCAUCUGAGAUUGGGAUAAGAACUGUGAGUGUGGAUAAAGCUUGUAACUUCUCCACCACUUCAAAUCUUUGCAUCUCCAUAGUUACUUGGAAUAUGAAUGGUCAGGUUUCGUUUGAAGAUUUAGCAGAUAUGGUUGGUAGCAACCGCGAUUUCGAUCUUCUAGUUGUUGGCUUGCAAGAAGCUCCAAGAAAAAAUGUUGCAACUAUGCUUUUAGCAGCUUUGGAUGAAAGUCACACGCUGAUAGGUAAAGUUGCCAUGCAAUCUUUGCAGUUGUAUCUGUUUGGACGAAAGAAUGCAGGAUCAUUCAUUGAAGAAUUACAGGUGGACAAAGAAUCUGUUGGAGGGUGUGGAGGAAUAAUUGGAAGAAAGAAAGGGGCUGUAGCAAUCCGUAUUAACUACAAUGGCAUAAGUUUGGUGUUCAUCUCGUGCCACCUUUCCGCUCAUAGUCGCAAUGUGGAAGAAAGAAAUUAUGAAUGCAGACAUAUAUCACACUCCCUCUUCUCCAAGAUUUUGAACCCAAAUUCUAGACCGGCCCAUAUGAUUGUUUGGCUAGGAGAUCUUAACUAUAGGCUUCAAGGGAUUGAUACACAUCCUGCAAGGAACCUAAUAGACAAAGAUCUUCACCAUAAGCUGCAUGGUAAUGAUCAACUCUUGCAACAAGCUGGAGAAGGACAAAUUUUCAAUGGAUUUUGUGAGGGGACAUUGACAUUCAAGCCAACAUAUAAGUAUAAUAAAGGAAGUAGCAAUUAUGAUACAAGUCAUAAGGUUAGAGUACCAGCAUGGACAGAUCGUAUACUAUUCAAGAUAGAAGACACAUACAACGUGGAAGCAAAUCUACGUUCCUACGAGUCCUUAGAUGAAAUAUACGGUUCAGAUCAUAAACCAGUAAAGGCACAAAUCUGCUUAAGACUUCCUCAAACUCAAUCCAAUUAAUUGUAGUGAACCCUUACGUCUAAAUUACAAUAUUUUUUUUUGUAAAUUAUUGUAUUAUAUAUAGUCAGUCAAAUGCAAAAAAAAAAAAAAAAAGAAGAAA